AUGGGAGGCGCCAGUGUCUCCGAUGGCGGAGAGGGCACCCGAAGCCCCGUGAAAAUCUUCGGCAAUAUCUUUAUCUCAUUUAUCGGUGCUGGCGUUCUCGGUUUGCCGUACGCUUUCAAAGAAGCAGGAGUACUUGAGGGAACUAUCAUUCUAAUCGCUGUUGGUUUCCUGUCGUUCCGCGGAAUGAUGCUCCUUAUCAAGUCGAAACACUUUUGCUCAAAAACAAAUGUCUCGCGAAUGGAACUUACACCGCCUGGCACGAGGGAUGAAGACCAAGUUGAAUUACUGGAGAGAAGUCGAGACUCAGCCGGCCAAGAAGUUAACUACGGAGACCUUUGUCAAAUAGCGUUCGGCGAUAGAGGCAAGAACAUCGUCGAUUGGGCAAUCAUUAUAAGUCAAACUGGCUUCUGUUGUGCGUAUUUGAUCUUCAUCUCCGAAAACCUCGCUCACUACGUCCACGGUCUUGAUGAAGGAGACGUUGUCGACGACAGUCUCAAGCUUCCAUUUCUUCUGUUAAUGAUUCCUGGACUAGUCGGUCUUAGUUUAGUCCGCAAACUUCACAAGCUCUCAAUUUUCAGCUUAUUCGCCGACUUCGCCAAUGUUUUUGCUUAUUUGGUCGUUUUCUGGUUUGACUUUGAGCAUGUGUCGACAAUCAGUAUUCAUCCUAAGGAAAUGGAUCUAAAAGGGCUUCCAUUUUUCAUCGGCGUCUCAAUUUACUGCUACGAGGGCGCGGGAAUGAUCUUGUCACUAGAAGCUUCUGUGGCCAAAGACUACCGUAGUCGAUUUUCUACUAUUUUUGCACUUUCGAUUACUGCCAUGUCAUCCCUCUACAUUCUGUUCGGCGUGUGUGGCUACCUCUCGUUUGGCCCUGAAACGCACUCGAUAAUCACGCUCAAUCUUCCUGUCGGACCAAUGCCGUUAAUGGUCAAAGGCUGCCUAUGCUUUUCGCUCUUUUUCACAUAUCCGAUCAUGCUCUUCCCAGUCAUCGAAAUAUUGGAACGGCGCCUUGGAACUGUCAACCAUUUCUGGAAAGGAAAUCUGCUCCGUGCGUCCGUGGUCGUUUCAUCGGUCAUUGUCGUGUUGAUUAUCCCCGACUUCUCGACGAUCAUGGUCUUAAUUGGCGCUACGUGCUGUUCUCUUUUAGCGUUCAUUCUCCCGGCGUUGAUACACAUGAGGAUAUUCAAAGGAAGGCAUACAAGCCGUCAGUUAAUAGAAGACUAUGUUAUACUUCUUUUCGGUUGUAUUGGCACGCUCAUUGGCUCUAUCGACGCGCUGAAACGUCUCAAUGUGAUACCAGACUACUCCGGGAGGGAGAGGAUCGACGCUUGA